ACUGAGUCACACAGACUCCGUGGGGACCGGGUCUUUGAUGUAGACUGGCUGAUCGCAGAUCAGAUACGUGUGUUUGAGCUCCGUGAAGCCACCCCUCCCUCCCUCUCCCCCUCCCUCUCUCUCCGCCUUUGAUCUUCGGGGUUGUCCUGGAUCUGCAGCCGCGGCUCCGCGUUGCGCUGGGGCGCAGCGCUGACAUGCUGGCGAGCGGAGCGGUGCGGGAAUCACGGCAGCUCACCUCUCACCGGGCGCCCGUCGACGCUUAGGAGACGGCACUUCGAUCGAGCUGCAAACAAAGAGCACUUCAUCAAAAUGGUCUGGAUGCUUCACUACACCUUUUCCUUCCUAGUGGCUUUGCAUUUCAUUUGUUCAUGUCUGAUUCCUGCGGGAGCCGAGGAGCCGAGCAGACAAUGCCGAGAGCAGGAGUACAAGGACCGCUCUGGGAACUGUAAACCCUGCAAGCAGUGUGAUGCGGGACAGGAGCUUUCAAAGGAAUGCGGCUUUGGUUACGGAGAGGAUGCCCGGUGCGUGCCCUGCCGCAGCAGCCGCUUCAAGGAGGACCGCAGCCUGCAGAAGUGCAAGCCCUGUCUGGACUGUGGACUCAUCAACCGCUUCCAGAAGGGCAACUGCUCCACCACCAGCAACGCAGUGUGCGGCGACUGCCUGCCGGGAUAUUACAGGAAGACUAAAUUGAGUGGCUUCCAGGACAUGGAGUGCAUUCCCUGUGGGGACCCCCCUCCUCCGUACGAGCCUCACUUCGUUUCGGUCCCGUAUCCUUUGGACGACUGCUCACGUCUCAUUCCCCGCUCCGCAGGCGGCGGCCGCGUGGACCUGGAGCCGCUGCCGUCGGUGGUGACCAGCACGCGGGACGUGGUCCUGGCGGCGGUCAUCUGCAGCGCCCUGGCCACGGUGGUGCUGGCCCUGCUGGUGCUGUGUGUCAUCUACUGCAAGAGGCAGCUCCUGGAGAAGAAGCCCAGCAUCUCCCUCAGGUCCCAGGACUGUCCCUACAGCGGGGCCGAGCUGUCCUGCCUGGACCCCCGCUGGCUCCAGGACUUCCCCCAGAACCCCUGCUGCCAGUGCCACCUGGGGCCCGGACACUUCAGUGGCCUGGGUCCGGUUCACCUGAUCCCGUCUCUGUGCUGCGAUGAGAGCUACAGCCUGGGCCCAAGCCAAGGCAACAGCCCCUUCCAUUCCCAGAUGAGCCUCAGUGAUGGGAAUACAAACCUGGACGAGGAGGGCGCCCGAAUGCAGCUGGGAGGACGUUCCACGUCCGCCUGCGAAGAGGGCGGUGGGAUGAUGACGAGUUCCGCUGCUGCGGACUGCUUCAGGGCGCCGCAGUGCAGCUCCGCGCCGGCAGCGGGACGGGAGGUGAAAGCGGGAGACGACCAGGAGGAUGAAGCUCAGGCUGAAAGGUGCAAGUCGGAUGAGAGCUGCGCUGAGACUGGGACAGAUGCACUUCUCCUCAAACAGCACUCAGCAUCUUAGGAAGGAUGACAAGGAUUUCCUUGGCUCGUGCUCCACCCUUGAACCACCCUGGACUCAACAACGGCCACAGCCAGAUUCCGUUUCAGAUUACCCACCGGCCCCCUCUCACACACACACACACACACACACACACACACACACACACACACACACACACACACACACACACACACACACACACACACACACACACACACACACACACACACACACACACACAGUAUGCAACUACUAGAAGCAACGCUAUUAAAAAGAAAACCACAUGAUACAUGCAACACUGAACGUUGAAGCCGCUGGGCCAGAAGGUGAAACUGUAUGAAGUUAAAAUAUCAACUAAAAGCCUUAAAACUGUGGAGAAAAGUGAAUCCGAGCGAGCCUCUGCUCCGCCUUAACCUGUACCGCUAGCAGCUGGUGCCAUGAAGCUUUUGUGUGUAAAGGUCAAGUUUGUAAAAUUUGAGGUUUGAAGAAAUGUGUGAGAAAUGAAUAUGUUGCACAUUGAAGACAAUCUUGAUAACAAGGAACAAGUGAAAAUGUAAAAAAAGGAAUGUAAUUGAUAAAUGUGUUGUAGAUACUGUAAAAUAGAAAAUAGGUCAAUAUUUUUGUAACACUGUGUUCUCCCCUGCGCUAUAGUGUUGAUGGUCGUGAUUGGUCACUUCCAUGUACUUGUAAAUAAAAACGUGAAGAAGCUUA